AUCCUAGAUCUGUCAACUCUUGCAUCGGCGUCCACUGCGAGCCAUGUAGAAGGUAUCACCAGCAGCUACAUUUCAUUCGUGAGUUGAUCUGAUUUUUUUGAAUGCCGUUUGCUAACCCACAUGUUCUACAGAAAAGGCACACGAAUGCAAAAGCUGUAUAAGAGCAGAUGAGAUGCAUCACCGCCGGCAUAGAUCUAUCGCCAUGCUUGUCAAAGAUCUUGAAGCCAACGAUAGGGAGGUAGCUACCCGGGCAACCAGAACAAAGACCAAGAAUGCCAAGACCACUCCAGGAAUGGGCCACGACGAGUAUAUCCGGCAAGGUGGUAUGUCUAAAACUGUCAACGAAAACGUCGAAAAUUUGGACCCUACCAGAUCUGUCAACGAUGAAGAACCAGAUGACGAUGAUGCAUACGAUGAUCAUAUCUUCGGUAAAGGAGAGACUGAACCAUUCAUUUCCAUGUCUAACUCAACCACUCAUAUACCCACCCCAUCGACCCCGAAGCCAUGCUCUUCCAUAUCCUCAUUUAGCUACGAGUCAUCUCCAGUGAUUUCAGCGAAGAAAAAAGAUCUCAAAAAAGCUCGCCGGACAGCACGAUUGACCAACAACAAUGCCCAAAGCAUUGUCAGCAACGAUUUUCUUGAGUUCAUCGCUGAAGCUCUCCAUGGAGUCAAGAUCAUGGACAUAGGCCGCGCAGUGUUUGAAGAAGAAGGCGAGGAUAUUGGAGCAAACCAGUUCAAGAACGAAGACUUGAUGCGGGAGAACCUCGGGUUUCAGACGUUUACAAGGAACUCCUCAAACGUUCGUCACAUAAAAGACAGAUGGAGGAAGCUGGGCCCUGGUGGAAAAGCGCAAGAGCUCGCGGGACCGCCCCCAACUGCACCAGGUUUCCCCAACCCGAAGUUCGUCAACAUUAACGAAUCAACUCGCUUCGAUGUCAACUUCUUUGCCCGCCUUGGGGUUAAAUAUGAGAGCAAGGGCGACACCAGCAGAGCGCGGGGCGAGAUUGUUCUUAAACUCGCAAAUAAAAUCUUGGAGGACAUGACCAUCAUCGGGCGCGAAGAGUACGAGACACAGAUUCGGGAGGCCGGGUUUUGGCGGUUCGUAAGCCGUCCAGCAGCUGAAAAUCUCCAGGAAGGCCAUCAGAAUUUCAGUUGGGCAACUGGUGAAUAUAGGAAGAGAAGAAGGCCAGGUAUGUUGUUUGAAGGCAACGCGGAAACUGGGCUUGGGAUUAAUGCUGCAGGUGGGCCUGGGUUUGGUGCGGGAGAUGGACGAGGGCAAGUAAUCCGAAACAAUGAAAACGAUUCAUCAGAUGAUAGCGUUCCGAACACACCCUCUUUGGUGGGAUCAGCCUUUGAAACCCAAGCCGAAGAGAAGGAAACUCCACAGAUAAAAACGCCAAUUAUCUUGAAAUUCACAAACUUUGACACUGGCAAGAAAGAGGUCUUAUGGACCGCGACGCCAUCGAAAGUUUUAUCUUCUCCCAAGAUUCUGCCUUCGGUCGAGCCUAAAGCGUUGUCCACCCCUAAAGCUUCAUCGCAGCCCAAACUUUUGUCGCCGCCUGAUGUCUUGUUCUCGCCCAAACCUUCCAUCCACUCCAAAGUUCCAUCCACGACCGAAACUCCUUUCUCCCCCAAAGUUUCGUCCACUCCGAAUACUUUUCUCUCCCCAGAAGUUCCGUCCACCCCGAAAGCUUUGCUCCCCCCCAAAGUUUCACCCUCGCCCCAAACUUUGGCCCCACCUUCAGCUUGGUCGUCACUCAAGCAAAAAAAGAUGAGACCGACCACUGCCGUAGUGAGUCCUGGCAAUCAGAAGCAUGCUGACGCAAUAAACUCCUUCCGCCUGGUAAAGAUUGAGAAAAAGCAUGUGGCGGUGCAGUUGAAACACGAAUCUCCCUGCAAGCUUUGCAGAGGCCAGUCAGCCCCACCCUCAGAGCGUGCGCAGCUUGAAGCCGAUGAAGAUAACUCCCAUGAUGAUGAAGAUGUUUGGGAAGUGGUGCGUCCAUCGUUGCUAAAUGUGAGAGCAAAAAAUCCGUAUGAUCUCCUCAGCAUUGUCGAAGAGGGUAGCGACACGGAGGAUUCUUCCAGUGAAGAAGACAGUGAUACAAACUAACUCACAGCACCUCCUGGUUUUAACAACUUCGACCCCCAAUGCCAGGCAAUUAUGGGCCCCGCAAACUUGAAUUGCUUCUCUUCCCUUCAUACUGGUUUUCUUCAUUGCUUUUGCAUGCCAUAGGCCCUGACAAGUGGACAUCCUUCUCUGCGUUUACUCUGAUCGACAUGAGCAAGCGCUCAGAAGCAAACAACUUGGCCGCAGCUCGCAACUUCACACUUGUACCAUCAUGUUCGAAUUACUGCUUCAUUUACUUCUUUUUUUCCUUACGCAUUUGCUCGUCCUUCCAAAACCACGCAUUCUACCAGCCGCCAAACCACCGUCAGCGCCAUCGCCACUCUCUCUACACCGUCGCUCUUCAAUGAUCUGCAGACUCAGCAAUUCGCCAGCUGACAGCUUUACAGGGUUACUAACAAGAUUUCUUUUUCUCUGGGCUACAGUAAAGAGGAGGGUUGUGCUGGUGAGGCCGUUUGAGGCAGUAUCAUUUUGAUUGAGAACGCUAGUACCACUUCAUUACAAGACAAUACA